AGAAUGCGAGGCUUCUCAAUUUAAGGACCCGCCAAAGCACUAGGGCGCGUUUCUUAACUGGCUAACGUCGAUACGGCAGCGUUUUAGGGGUUUGUUGUUGGUUCUGAUUUCCAAAUUAUUACCGAGUUUCUGAACUCAUUUUCUUCUCUUGUCCUUCUUCUCAAUUUGCCUGAGAAAUUCGUGAAGGAGCCUCACUCUGCUGCUGCAUGUCCUAAUGGCAUCUGGUUCAGAUUUUGCGUUAGCAGUGUCUUCUGAACUCGAGUCAGUUUUGAGGUUGAAGACUGUUGACUACUUUGUUACGAGGAGGCCAUGGCUUGAUCUUUAUGGAGUUAACGUGAGACCUGUUGCGCCAUUUGGAAGUGCUAGUAGAAGGCCUCAUGUGGAUCCUGCACUUUUACAUCGUUGCUUACCGGAUGAACUGCUUUUUGAGGUCUUUGCUCGAAUGACUCCGUAUGACUUGGGAAAGGCAUCAUGCGUAUGUCGAAAAUGGAGAUACACAAUUCGUAACCCUGUAUUUUGGCGCAAUGCAUGCUUGAAGGCUUGGCAGCUGUCUGGGGUUGUAGAAAACUAUAAGAUACUUCAAUCAAAAUAUGAUGGCUCAUGGCGGAAAAUGUGGUUGCUACGACCAAGGUUGCGAACUGAUGGUCUUUAUGUGAGUAGAAAUACCUACAUUCGAGCAGGAGUUGCAGAGUGGAAAAUCACUAAUCCAGUUCAUGUGGUCUGCUAUUUCCGGUACAUGAGAUUUUUUCCUUCUGGGCGAUUCCUUUACAAGAAUUCUUCUCAAAAGAUCAAGGAUGUGGUGAAGUAUAUGAACUUUCGAUCAUCUAAAGCAGACUGCGUUUUUGGAGGCCACUACACAUUGUCAGAUGACAAGGUUGAAGCUGCAGUCUUGUAUCCAGGCCUGCGACCAACUGUUUUGAGGAUACGCUUAAGGGUAAGAGGAACGACUUCAGGGGCUAACAAUCGGAUGGAUUUGAUGUCACUUGUCACUAGUGGUGUAAACAGUAGCGAGGCAAGUGCACCUGAGGAGGAUAUUCUUGGAGUUGUUGAAGGAUGGCAGGAUGAUGAAACACACAAUCCAGAUGUCCCAGCAAUCUCACAUAAGAGGGGCAUGACUCCUUUUGUCUUUGUUCCAUUUGAAGAGGUGGAGACAUCUGUUUUGAAUCUGCCAGUGGAGAAAAUGGAUUAUUUUGUACCUGGUUGAACGAAGCUUAGAAAAUGGAUUAUUUUGUACCUGGUUGAACGAAGCUUAAGGAUAGAACUGGUUCAUUUGUAAAUAUUCCAUAAGUCCGAAAUAAGGUCAGAAUUUGUAUAUUGAUAUGUAUGUAUAAUAAUGGACUGAUGAGAUUGAUUUUGGUUCGUGUUUCGGAAUUAUCUUUUUAUUAUGCUUUAUGCAACUGGAUU